GAGACCUUGCUGUUCCAAGUCACUUUGAACCUCCAGGCCGAUUUGAACACUUCCUCAGCUCAGCUAACCUGUUCUGUCUUCGUCUUUCGUCAGAAAUCCUACAAGGCUUUCAACAUCAUACAUCAUCGUAAUGUAUGCACCAGAGGAGGACUACAACCAAUACUACUAUGGCGCGUCAGAGGGGUUGACAGACCAGUCGGGAUACGACCAGAUCGGUGGAUUUCCUCAAGACUACUCUGAAGUUGAAUCGGGUUUUUUUCCCCAGGAUCAACUGCAGCCGGAGCUUUACCAGCAACCUAUGCAAUCGGGGCUUUCCCAGCUGGAUCAAAGUGGGGCAGCUAGUACCGAGAAAAAGGACGACAGCCUCGUCGGCUUCAUUGUCGGUAGCGUGUGUCUCCUCGUACUAAUAUCGGCUCUUGCGGUCUACCUGGUACUGGCGUCCACCGGGACCAACGGCGACGGCAGCGAUACUGACAUACGUAGAGGAGGUGGAGGAGGUGGCGGAGGUGCAGGAGGUAGUUCACAAGUGACGGAAGAGGAUGCAGUGGUAACAGACUAUGGGUACAUAAACCCACCGCCAACGACCACCACAACAACUACUCCUACGACAACGACUAGCACGACCACUACUACGACUACUACAACUACGACUACUACGACUACGACAACUACGACUACUACGACUACGACUACAACUACGACAACGACCACAACGACUACAACUACGACAACGACCACAACGACUACAACUACAACGACCACAACGACUACAACUACAACGACCACAACGACUACGACUACAACGACGACUACGACUACAACUACUACGACAACGCCGCCGUUGGUGUCGACAUCACCACCUAGAUAUGACUUCAUCUUCCAACCGCUUGUUUGCGUCGUCGGUCGCCGUGCCUUACAGGAGGACAUGUACCCACCGUCCGGCAUCUGUGACGUCAUCAUCUUCACCCAUGUCUAUAUCGAAAAUGAUACAUUAUUCACCGAUACUCCCGGCCCCUUCCAGACCUUCACAAAAGUCUCGGUCAGCCGCCCCAGCGACAUGUUCGGCGUUUCGUUGGACACGGGGCGCCAGGACGCAGACGAGGUUUAUUCACUUAAGCAGCCACGAUACAUAAAGUGGGCGUGGGAUAGAAAUAUCAAGCAUUACGCAGCUCUGUCAACUCCACUCGACUACAAGUCCACGAAACCUACCGCCUUUACUUAUAUCGCCAGAGUUGCUCUUGCGUCUGUCAAACGGUGGCAGGAUACCUUAUCGUUCACUGAAGAUGUGGGCCAGGAACAAACCUACCGCAUAAUAGGAUUGAAGAUGUUCAACUACGAUACCGCUGGGUUCCAACAAGCGAAGCAAGAUUUCGCAAAUCACAUUGAUGAGCUAAUCAGGCUGGGAGACAUUAACAUGUUAGUCAUGGAGACAGCGAUUAAUGACGAGCCCGUCAUGAAGAGGAGCUGCAUGAAUUUCCCAACCUCAACGUGGUAUGACCCAGACGGCCAGUACCAGCCCUCCUUUGCAAAAGCGAUCCUCGUGGUGAACGGUACAAUUGCUCCCACUCGCAAAAAAUUCACCGUACUCUUUUCAUUCACAAUGGGAGUUUCCAAGUUCGAAUUUAACCAACCCCAACAGGAAAUCUCCUCGCAUGCCUGUUUGAGUAGUGGCAUGGUACCAUACGACCAAGUAUGCAGCGGCAGUCCAACUCUUUACUCGCAAUCCACACAGAGCUCCACAUACACGCAACAAACCUUGGCAAAGGUUGUCUCCUCCGGAAACUCCAUAUACAGCUUUGAAACGGCAGACACCCUACUGGACAAGAUUGUGUGCACAGAAAUGGCGUACGGCCACCGAAAUGUGGGUUUCGUCUUCUACGACAGCGAGUUCGCAGCUGGCGACGUCAGUUGCGAUGGACAUCCGGGGACGUUUGCCCGUAUGCGGUUUGUCAAGAAACACUUUGAAGAUCUCAUGCAAGGCGUUGCACCUCCCGCGUUCGAUUACACAAAAUGCAUAUUGUGAGCUGGAAAAUAAAGUGUUUACGACGAAC